AUGAUACGUCAAAAAUUUCAUAGAGCCACCGCUAACGGCUACGAUGUUGAUGACCGCCUGGAACGCACACAGGAGGAGAACGCUCGUCUUCGGAAAGAGCUAAAGGAGACAAGGGAGAAGCUCACGCGCGUCCAGACGCAAUUCCAGCGCCUCGUCGCCGACUGGAAGCGGUCGAUACGGGAUCCGACCAGGGCGCGUUCGCUCGCCGCGGGCCGCGUGGUGCGGUCCAUCACCCCGAACGCGAACCGGAAGGCCCCGUCGUCCCCCCCUGAGGCCUCGCCGACGACGCCCUUGCCCUGCCUCACGCGCCCGCUCACGACGGAGGGGCGGAAUCCCCCCCAACCGCCCUCCUCCCCAGCCCAGCCCCCCAUGGCGGACUUACGGGCCUGUCAGGCGUCGUUGGUCCAGGCUACUCAGGAGAUCGCCCGGCUGCGCAGGCGUGCGGAGAGCGCGGCCCCCCCUCCCACCUCAGCAGAGGCCAACGCCGCGCUUCCCCCGCAGGAGAUCCUCAGCCUUCAGCAGCAGCUCCGCCAGGCCCAGGCCGCGAUCGCGAGCCUCGAGCACGCCCACCCCCAUGAGCUCGCCAAACUCACCCGCGACCAUCAGACCCGCGAGGAGGCCCACCAGCACUCCGAGCGGCUGCUCCGCCAGGCCUUGGAUCAGGUCCAUCAGGAAAAGGACGCGCUGGCGGCCCGGCUGAAGUUGAUGACGGCGGCUCCGGAAAAGGCCCCCCACGCGAUCGACCCGGUCAGCCUUGUCCAAUUGCAGGCCGAGGUGCGGGAGAAGUCCAACCAAAUCACCCUCCUCAACAGCCGCCUGCAGUCCACCCAAGGACAGGUCGAUACGCUCGGCGCGGAGUGCACGCGGCUGGUGGAGCAGCUCAAGCAGCUCCACACCAACCUCGCGGACAGCAAAAAAGAGGUGAUGCAGGUCGGCUAUGAGAAGUACGAGCUUCAGACAAAAUGUGCCCGUCUGGAGGAGGUGGAGCUCGCCUUAGCCCGGCGCACCGAGGAGGUUCUUCAACUCGAACAGGAGCUCCUGAAGCUGACCGACUCCCUGCGCAAUUUCAACGCCGAGACGGAGCACGCGGUGCGGCGGGAGAUGAACGCGCGGGUGGUCGAACUCGAGGCGAUGCGCGACCAGGCGGAUGCCGCGCGCCGUGAGAAGGAGCGCGCCCUGCUGACCUGCCAGCAUGAUUUAGCGGACGCAAAUCGCCUCAUGGCCGGCCUUCAGGAGGACGUCGCGAUGUAUCGUAAACAACUUGAUACGAUGCAAGCGGAGCCGGAGCGGCGUUCCUCGCCGGCCGACCUCGCCCGGCAGGCGGGGAAGGAUCUCGAAGAGGACGAAAUCCACCGCGCGUUGGCCAUCGCGGCGAUUCAAAAGCGCCGGGGCGAUCGGCAAAUUCGAAAGCCCCCCGCUGGCGAAGCCGACGCCACGGCGGCCGAGACGUUGGCGCUCUACGACGCUCUUAAUUGGGAUGAAACGUGGGAGCAGGGGCAGCUGCGGGAGGCCCUGGCGACUGCCGCGCUCGACCUGGAGCUGUCCGAAACCCGCUGCCAUCAAAUGGCCGAGCAGGCCGAACGACAUCGCGCGCAGCUCGAGCGCCUUUCCGCCGAGCAGGAGGCCCUGCUGGAGGAGAAUAUCGAACUCCGACGACGCGUCUCGCACGUUCAGACUGUCUUUGCCAAACAGCAGCUCCAGGCCUACCGCACCGCCGUCACGAGGCCGGAAAAUGGGGCAGUCGACGAGGCGGGUGGUUUAAUUCAAUUCUGCAUUCGCGGCUUUGAGGCUGAGGAGGGUUUGGCCCGGGCGCUUGGGAUUCAAACAAUGAAAGAGCCCUUCUCCGUAUUUUUCUCCCUGGACGGCCUAGCGGAGUACGACACCAUGCUCUCCCCAACCUUGCACUCCUUGGAGGAGCCGAUGGAGGUGCGGUUUGUGUACAAAGGACUCGGGAAGGACAAAGUCACCCUCGCGCAAAUCCAGCACACGGUCUUUACCCUACAACUACAUCAAACAACGGAGGUUGGGAGCCGCGUGGUGGGGGUGCAUGAGAUCCCGGGGAUCGCCCUCCUCACCGCGCGCGAGUUAUCUGUGGAGGAGCGAUUUUACCUUAUUGACGGGACCGGAGAGAAGAUCGGGUGGGUUCUGAUGGAGAUGUGCUGUUCGCAGUUGAUGCUGCCGGUGCUUUUGGGCCAACCGCUUGCGAACGGCGCGCUGCUCUCCGCGGGGGAGAUGCGGGCGGCGUUGAUGGCCCUUCGCCCGCUACUUUUUCUUCGCGUGAACGUCUUUCGCGCGCAGGGACUGGCGUCCGCGGAUGGGGCGCAGGUCCCGCAGCCCUACGUCUUCUACACCGCGCACUCCCCGAAGGGGGGGAUCAGUUUUGUGCGGGAUACCGUGGUGCGGACCGCCGGAAAUGCCUUCACGACGGAUCCCGUCUUCGAUGUCAUGCCGGUUGAUCACCGUGUGGUGGUUGAUCGGGAGCUUGUUUAUUUUGUCGCCCAUGGGUCGAUCGUGUUUGUGGUCUUUGACGAACGCGCUAAUGAUGUUCGUGAAAAUCUUGGUGUGGUGGAGGUUUCCCUACACCCGUUGUUGUCCUCCCCAACUGCGUUUAUCCGUGAGACGGCCACUUUGCACCCGAAGGGAACGCUUAGCUUUGGGAUUUCGUGGAUUACAGGCCCGUAG